AUGCUUGCAAAAGAAGAUUCAUUGGAUCUGGUAAGGAGCAAGGCUUUGGAGGUGAUGGCGAAGCAACGAGACAAAAAUGAGCGGGCUUACAAUUUGAGGUCGCGAGAAGUGUCGUAUGCCGAGGGACAGGAAGUGUUCAGGAAAAAAUUUAAGCAGAGCAAUUUUCAGGCAGGGUAUAACGCUAAACUUGGUCCAGCUUAUUUGAAGGCGCGGAUAAGGAAAAAGAUAGGUAAUUCCUAUUACGAUCUUGAGGAUUUGCAGGGUCGCUCUGUGGGUCGCUACCAUGCGAAAGAUCUCAAGCAAUAG